AUGGCUCCAAAUCGUUGGGAGAAAACUAAAAGCAUCUCAAAAAAAGGCUUCGACAAAGCAUGGGAUACCGUCGACAAACUCGGCGGCCCCGUCAACCGCUUAUCGCACAAGCUGGGCGCCGAAGCCUUUUGGCCCAUGACAAUCGACAAGGAAGCCGAUAAAGCCGCACGAAUCCUGCGUAGCUUUUGCAAAGACGGCUUUUAUGCUCCCGAUACUUCAACCGGCAUUGAUGAGAAUGGCAAAAUUAAUCGCCCUAAAGGCAAACCGCAGCGCGUUAUCCAGAAGAUCCCAACAAAAGUCCUCAAAAACGCCAAGGGAAUCGCUAUCUUCACGACCAUGCGUACAGGUCUAUGGGUGAGUGGCUCUGGUGGCAGUGGCGUGCUGAUCGGUCGCCUCCCCGACACCGGCGAAUGGAGUCCACCAUCUGGUAUCAUGUUACACACAGCCGGUAUAGGUUUUCUCGCUGGCGUUGACAUUUAUGACUGCGUGGUCAUCAUCAACACCUAUGACGCGCUGGAUGCAUUCAAGAAAUUCAGAUGCACGCUUGGUGGCGAGAUCAGCGCAGCUGCGGGGCCUGUAGGUAUCGGUGGUGUCCUCGAAUCCGAGGUUCACAAACGUCAGGCACCAAUUUGGACAUAUAUGAAGAGCAAAGGGCUGUAUGCAGGCGUUGCGGUCGACGGCACAGUCAUCAUUGAGCGAACGGACGAGAACGAACGCUUCUACGGCGAGCGCAUAUCCGUCGACCAGAUUCUCUCCGGCAAAGUCCGGCAUCCACCUCGCGAGCUCGAUACGCUCAUGGCAACUUUGAAGGCCGCACAGGGCGACUCUGACGUUGAUGAGAGUCUCGUCCCGCCACCGGGCGAAACACCUGGCGAUAUGGAGCUGACAGAAGACGGUCAACAUGCCUUCGGUGUGCCGGCUAUAGACGACCCCGAUCCGUAUGGCGUGAAGGCGCUGGAGGCGGAGGGACUUUUUAUCCGCGAGGCCGGCACAAAAGCAAGACCAAGCUAUGAGACUUUUGAAUUUCGCCCCAACCUGGACAGUCCCAUCUAUAGCACUUUCUCGCGUCGCAGCAUGGAUAGUUCGCCACGCAAUAGCUGGCGCGCGAGCGUGCAGAGCUCCAAAAGCUAUGCUAGUGCCGAGCGCGGCACGCAGACUGAUGACACCCUGCUAACUGAGCUCACGUCAGUGAGCCGUGCGUCUUCUCCUAGCUCCAAGGAAUCGCCCAUCGGCCGUCCAUCGAAAAGUAUUUGGGAUGAGACCGAGGACUCCGCUCAGUGGGAUACGAUUGCUAUUCACGGCAAUGAAGAGCAGGUGAAGAUACGGCAAUUGGAGGGUCAGGAGGCCGAGGAUAGAAGAGCGAAAGCGAACGCCUGCGAAGAUUUGCACGAUGAUCCUGAGCUUGAGGAUGACGACGAGCACUUUGAAGUUCACGAGGUUACCAAUGCCAAGGUCACACCAAUGGAGAAUGUCCCAGCCUCCCCCACGAAGGUGGAGCACCAGACUACAAACGGCAACAACAAGCCUGCGUCGCCGACAUUCACCCGGGCUCGUCUCGUCACUAUCCCAGCCCGCACCCCACCUGCCUUGCCUCCACGGCAUCCACGCCACAUCUGGGGCUCUGGCUCAAGCCGUGCCUCAACGUCGCCUACGGCUCUCUCACGAUCAAGCCGUGAUACCUCACGCACAGACGUCACCGAGUCAGCAGAGAAUAUUGAACAUGUGGAUGACACUCCCCAUGCGCUUCCUCCUCAGCAGAAAGCUAAGAGCUCUGCUAAUAUUCCUGUCACGAGCGAUGAUCAGUUCACUGAUACGAAAUCGGAGCCACCGACCGAGAAGGACGAGUUCCACUCUGUCGACGGCGAGUCUGAAAUCGAGGAUAACAUCAUCACCCUCGAGGACCACACUGCCACCGGGGCUGCCGAACAAGAGAAGAAGACAGGAAAAGAAGACGAGAAGGAAAACGAGAAGCAACUUGUACCCGAGCAAUCUCCUCGACUCGAAAAGUCUCCCGAUGUGCCCCACCUUGCACCCAAUAUCGAUGAUACGCCCGAGGUCGAAGAGACCCUCGACAAGAUUGAAGCCAAGCUUCGAGCUGAGAUUGACGAACCCGAAGGCCAGAAGUCUGAACGGUCAUAUUCGCACGUCGUUGCUGAUCGCGAAGAACACGAAGAGUCUCCUGGUGGAACAAAAACGGAUACCACCUUGCCCCAUGCCAGGGCUGAGUGA